UCAACAACAUUGGCUGCAGAGAAAUGACUUGUCCUGUGUGAAGAAGUUGUUUAGCCUCAUAAAUACAGCCGUCCGAGCAUCUCUCAACACUUCCCCCGGUGGGCCGAGACCUGAAGCAGCGUGGACACCUCAGUGUGUGAGCAGGAGCCCGAGCUAAAGCCUGUAAAUAACCCCUGACCCCGCUGCUCAAACUCUAUCCGAGCAGCUUACAUCAGCUUGUUAGCUAACAGUGUGUUUAACAGGCAAAAUGAACGGCCAUCUGAACGGUUUCCAUAACAGCUCGCUCAUUGAUGAAGACUGCUUCCUCUUCACGUCGGAGUCAGUCGGAGAGGGUCACCCCGAUAAGAUUUGUGACCAAAUCAGUGAUGCUGUGUUGGAUGCACACCUCACACAAGACCCUGAUGCCAAAGUAGCAUGUGAGACUGUUGCUAAGACGGGGAUGAUCCUGCUGGCGGGAGAGAUCACCUCUAGGGCCCACGUUGACUACCAGAAGGUUGUCAGGGAUACGGUCAAACACAUAGGCUAUGAUGACUCCUCCAAAGGGUUUGACUAUAAGACCUGCAAUGUGCUGGUGGCUUUGGAGCAGCAGUCCCCUGACAUUGCUCAGGGUGUUCACCUGGAUCGGAAAGAGGAGGACGUGGGAGCCGGUGACCAGGGUCUAAUGUUUGGAUAUGCCACUGAUGAGACUGAGGAGUGUAUGCCCCUCACUAUCGUCCUGGCUCACAAGCUCAAUGCCAAGAUGGCUGAGUUACGUCGAAAUGGAACACUUCCGUGGCUCCGACCUGAUUCCAAAACUCAGGUGACUGUUCAGUACAAACAGGACCGAGGUGCCAUGGUGCCAUUGCGUCACGAUGAGUGUAUAGGUCAGGACGAAAUGUGCCGUUGUCUGAAGGAGCAGGUGGUGAAAGCUGUGGUUCCCAGUGGGUACCUCGAUGAUGAAACCAUAUACCACCUGCAGCCCAGUGGCCGCUUUGUCAUUGGAGGACCGCAGGGUGACGCUGGUCUGACAGGGCGUAAGAUCAUUGUCGAUACUUACGGGGGCUGGGGUGCCCAUGGAGGUGGAGCUUUUUCUGGGAAGGACUACACAAAGGUAGAUCGCUCCGCUGCCUAUGCUGCCCGCUGGGUGGCCAAAUCUCUGGUGAAAGCGGGGCUCUGCAAGCGUGUGAUGGUCCAGGUAUCCUAUGCUAUUGGAGUUGCCCAUCCACUCUCUGUCUCCAUCUUCCACUAUGGGACCUCCCAGAAGAGCGAGAAGGAGCUGCUGGAAAUUGUGAAGAAGAAUUUUGACCUCCGUCCAGGAGUUAUUGUGAGGGAUCUUGACCUGAAGAAGCCCAUCUACCAGCGCACAGCGGCUUAUGGUCACUUCGGUCGUGACGACUUUACAUGGGAGGUGCCCAAGAAGCUGAAAUACUGA